AUGCAAGUUAAAGAAAUGGUGGUUGACCAGUUUCCAAUGUUCCGGCUGGCAACGCUGCUUGCGCGACAGAUGAGCUCACCACUUGCGGCACGGAUCAAGAGAUAUGCCGUGUCUCACCCACGGUUCGGUGCGGCCAUCUGCAUAAAUGUGGCGGAGAUCUUCCACGCGUGCGAGUGGCGCGCCCGGUCGCUGUCGCUGCGCCUGGCGGGCGUGGGGCUGUCGGCGCGCACGCGGCCGCCGCCCCUGCCACGACGCACUGCUGUUGAUCUCGGCGGCGAUUUGCUUGUCUUUUCUGAGGGUAUCUUUCCUUACACAGGUGAAAUAAUCAUAUUUACUCUUGGAUCUUGUAUAGUAAUUUUUGAAGUAAAUAGACAAGGGACCAACAAGAACUUGAAGGAGUUGGACGAGAAGUCGCAGUGGCUGGCGAUAUCCUUGUCGCUUGAGGAGCUGCGCCGCGAGGUGGCCGUGCAGCAGGCGGACAUCUCGCGGCUGCGCGACGCGCUGCUUUCAUACGAGCCACAGUCCCCGGUCCCAGGCGACGAUGGCGGCCACCCCGCACCGAGUCAUAAGCUCGUACAAGAA